UCGCCAUUGCAAUAGCUUUUGGUCCAACUAAUUUACUCAGCUGCAUAUUCCUUCUUUUAUUUCCUCUUUUUUUUUUUUUUUGGACCAUUCAAACUCGAGCUUAACAACACUCACUUCAGCAUCUUCACCACCAGCCAAAGUCACCAUGUCUUCCAUCAAGGGCCCCGCUCCUCAGCACCACGACGGCUCCAGCCUGCGCAUCGGCAUCGUCCACGCGCGCUGGAACAUCGCCAUCAUCGAGCCCCUCGUCGCCGGCGCAAAGGCCAAGCUCCUGGAAGCCGGUGUCAAGGAGUCCAACAUUGUCGUCCAGUCUUGCCCCGGCGCAUGGGAGCUUCCCAUUGCUGUCCAGCGGCUAUACUCUGCUUCUCAGAUCCAGUCCAAUGCUUCCGGCGCCCCCUCCGCGACCGAUCUCCUCGGCGCUUCCACCCACGACCUAACCGCCCUCUCCGGCAGCGACUCCAGCAGCGGGCCCUUUGACGCAAUCAUUGCCAUUGGCGUGCUCAUCAAGGGCGAGACCAUGCACUUUGAGUACAUUGCCGACUCUGCCUCGCAGGGCCUCAUGCGCGUCCAGCUCGACAUUGGCAUCCCCGUCAUUUUCGGCAUCUUGACCGUGCUCAACGACGAGCAGGCAAAGUCCCGCGCGGGUAUUAGCACAAGCGCCGAAGGCAAGGGCCACAAUCACGGAGAAGACUGGGGCUUGGCGGCUGUCGAGAUGGGCGUCAAGAAGAACGAGCUGGCUGCGGGCAAGAUUCUUGGCUAGGAUUGUAAAAUAGUCCGAAAUAGAAAAGAGUUGUAAAAAAAAAAAAAGAAAAAGAAAAAGAAUGAAACAAGAGCAAAAAAAUAUCACAAAAACUCAUUACCAAGAAAUAGGCACGCUGGCAGAACACUGGCAAAGUAUCUAUAGAGUCAGAUACCGACUCCAUGGGUUCAGCUAGGUAUUACGAAACAUCUCACGAGUAGGACAAUAUCCAAUAGUAGCAGUGAACUAUAAAGUUUGACAGAAUAUAAAAAAUAAUAAAGACGCGCUUUGGAUACAUUUGCUUUGAUUCCCGUAUAUCAAUCCUAUGCUUUUUAUCUUUUCUCUCUUCAUUCUCCAGCGCUUGUAGUGUACUAGUAGUCAUGACCAUCCCUCUUGCCAGACAAAGGAAAUAGGAGAACAACUCGUUGCAGACAAAUUAUUCAAUUACGGCGUAGAGCCAUUUCUAUCAUGCGUGACGCGACCCCGUCCCAGAUAAAUGUUCCCACCAAAAAUUUGACGCCCGAGGGGACGUCCAAAAAAAAAAAAACAUCUAGCUUGCCAAUUAAUAUUUUUUUUCUCUUUUUAUCGAGUCGCACCGCAUAACAUGACGGACCAUGGUAUCCAAGCAUAGCAUUAGAGGAGGUCUCAGUUAAAUAUCCCAAAAAAAAUUAUCAACCUUGUGUUCGCCCAUAUCCAAAACAAGGCACAACACACUCACACGUACUCACAAAUUCACACAUUGUUCCACAGAGAGAGAGAGAGAGAGAGAGAUGCACACCCAUGUUAUCCAUACACAUCUGUUUGUUUGUUUGUUUUUUCGCCCAGAAGAUGAGACAAAGGAGACGGGGAAAACAGACACGAACAGGAUCGAUACGACACUCGCUCAGAUCACUGAGCUCAGAUUCUUCUUGCUUCUCCACAGAGAUCUCUUCUUGUCUCUCUUGUCCUUCAUCGCCUCCCAGCCUUCCUCGUCGUCCUCGUCAUCAGAAGCUGACUUGUUCACAAUCCUCAUCGAGGUCUUGUUCUUGCUGUCAUAAGCGGACAGAGCGCCUGAGAACGAUUGAGACUGCAUAUGACCAAGUCCGGCCGGGUUCACGGCCUGGGAGACAGGUCUAUAACGGUUGGGAAGACCAAUGGUGCUUCGCUCUGAUGGCGCAAUCGAAGGAGCAUAUCCUUGAUGAGAUGACCGGAUGGAGCCGGCGUAUCCGGGGUGAGGCAUAGGUGAAGCCAUAGGUGCCGAGUUUGGCUGCACCAUACUCAUUGUUCGCAUGCUACCAUAGUCACCACGACGAGGCUCAAGAGUCUGCUCGCCCAUCAUGGAGUGUUGUGAAGAAAUGUCCACCAUGGAAUGAUUACCCAUGAGGCCACCAUAGGGCUGUUGAUACGGUGACUGCAGCUGCGGUGGUGCCUGCUGUGGCCCGCCGGUUUGGUUUGAAGCCAUCAUCUGCAUGAAUUGCAUCUGCAUCUGCAUAAACUGCGACAUUUGCUGCGUCAUCUGGAGCUGAGCCUGGUCGCCCACAGUAAGCAUCGGUGGCGGUGUCAUCAUGUGAGGAGCCAUCAUGCCCGGCAUUCCACCUCCCAUCUGCUGCUGGGCAUACAUCAUAUGCGCGGGGAUACCAGCAAUAGGAUCAAUUGCAGUGCCUCCGGGUGUGUUGUAGCCGCUGCCCAUGAGUCUUGAGGGGUCGACACUUGGGCUUCCGCGCCGCAUCGCUCGCUGGCGUUCCUCACUAGCAAUUACACCAACAAGGCCUCCAGGAGGAAGCGGUGACGGGGGCUUGGGGCCCAUACCCAUUUCAUUGAAGGAUAGAGAUUCUCUGAUAGCAGGUUGGGCAAUGCUUGCUCCGACAAAGGGAUCCUGAGGCAAAUUGCGUGCAAAUGCUGGAAGGGUUGAGUGGCGUCGGGCAGCAGCAGAUUCUCCCAUUGAUGACGUCGGACGCCCCGGCAUGAGCAUAGCUGAGGCUCGAAUGUUGGGGUUUGAUCCCACGGUGCUGAGCCUAGUGGGAGGUCGGUUCUUGUUGGGGAAUCCAUGCGCCUGCAAGAUGGCAAGAGGAACCUCCUCGUCAUCGUCGGCCUCAUCCUCCGCUCCAGGCACGCCGGACAUGGCAGACGCUGCCGCCGGGUCAAGGGAAGGAUGCUUUACAUGGCUGAGCUGCGGUGCGCUCAUUGAAGCCGGGAUGCCAAGCCCGUUUGUUGGAUUCGUUUCACCAGUUACCUUCAUCAUCUGCUGGCGAUACACAGCCAUGUGAGCUUCCUGCUUUCUUCUCUGCUUCACCUGUUGCUUAGACUUUUCAGCCUCGUCUUCGUCAUCGUCGUAGUUGAUGUCGUCUUCGUCAUCAUCCUUGGCAGUGCUGUUUGUCCUAUCAUGACGGAUUUUAUCUUCUCGAUAUUUUUCGAAUUCCGCAGGGGUCAUGACUUUGUUUCGAGGUGCGCCAU